AUGUGUCAGCUCAGCUCCCUCCAGGGUCACUGUGAGAUUUGUGAACAGCCAGGAGUGGACCCAGUAGCCUCACGGCCAGAACUCAAAGUGGGCAUUGUGGGUAACCUGGCCAGUGGGAAGUCUGCGCUGGUUCACAGGUACCUGACAGGAACAUACGUCCAGGAGGAAUCUCCAGAAGCUGACGUGGAUGCAGGGGGGCGUUUUAAGAAGGAGAUAGUGGUGGACGGACAGAGCAACCUACUGCUCAUCAGAGAUGAAGGGGGCCCCCCAGAGGCUCAGUUUGCCCUGUGGGUGGAUGCAGUGAUAUUUGUGUUCAGUCUGGAGGAUGAGAUCAGUUUCCAGACAGUCUACCAUUACUACAGCCGCAUGGCUAACUACCGAAACACUGCUGAGGUACCUCUGGUGUUGGUGGGGACGCAAGAUGCUAUCAGCUCAGCCAAUCCCCGGGUCAUCGAUGACACGCGAGCACGCAAGCUGUCCAAUGACCUGAAGCGCUGCACCUACUAUGAGACGUGUGCCACCUACGGCCUCAAUGUAGAACGGGUCUUCCAGGACGUGGCCCAGAAGAUCGUGGCGACCAGGAAGAAGCAGCAGCUGUCCAUUGGUCCGUGCAAGUCCCUCCCCAACUCCCCUAGCCACUCCUCUGUGUGUUCUGCACAGGUGGCAGCAGCAGUACACAUCAGCCAGGUAGGUACACACACACACACACAAAUACAUUUACCGACAGACACAAUUUACUGACACACAAACAAAAUGGCCACAUUGAGGUUCUUGACUACAUUCCCUUGUCCAUAUUUGUUCUU